GUGCCCAGUGCUUGUCAUCCUCUCCAGGGAACGAUGCACCCAGAGGAGGCCCGGCAGGACUGAUUUGCUAGGGAGAGGGCGGGGAAGAGGAGGAGGCCAGGUGAACAGAGGAACCCCCUGCGUAUUCUGACUGCCCGAUCGCGCCUUUGCCCCAUUCCUGCCUCCUCCCUGCUCAGGUGGGCGCGCCGGGUCUCGGGUUCACCAGGGGCGCUCGGAGGAGACCAGAAAGUCGCGGCCCGGCUGCGCGGGAUGCCUUUCGCCAAGCGGAUCGUGGAGCCGCAGUGGCUGUGCCGACAGCGGCGCCCGGCGCCCGGCCCAGCUGUGGACCCGAGCGGAGGCAGCAUUGAGCCGCCGCCGCCGCCCCUACAGCCACCCGGCCGGCCCGACGAGGCCGAGGUACCGGGGCCAGAAGAGCCAGCCCGCGCGCCCCCCGCACCUCUCGGGCUGCCACUGCCGCCGCCGUUGCCCGCGCCGGCCGACCUGGCUCAGCUGCCGCACGGAGAGGCACCAGCGGCAGGCGAGGAGAGCGCGGCAGGGGUCCCGGAGGCGGCGCCUGGCACUGGCGAGACAUCCUCGGCAGCGGCCGCGGCCGUGCUGCUCAUGCUGGACCUGUGUGCGGUCAGCAACGCCGCGCUGGCCCGCGUCCUCCGGCAGCUCUCGGACGUGGCCCGGCACGCGUGCAGCCUUUUCCAGGAGCUCGAGAGCGACAUCCAGCUCACCCACCGCCGCGUCUGGGCGCUGCAGGGCAAGCUCGGCGGCGUGCAGCGCGUCCUCGGCACGCUGGACCCCAAGCAAGAGGCAGUGCCCGUCUCCAACCUGGACGUCGAGAGUAAGCUGAGUGUGUACUAUCGCGCACCGUGGCACCAGCAGCGAAACAUCUUCCUCCCGGCCACGAGGCCACCCUGUGUAGAGGAGCUGCACCGCCACGCCCGGCAGAGCCUGCAGGCCCUGCGCAGAGAACACCGGAGCCGGAGCGAUCGUCGAGAGCAGAGAGCAGCUGUCCCCCUUUCCACUGCUGCUCCCCCACUGCCCGCCUACCCUCCAGCUCACAGCCAGAGGAGGCGCGAAGUUAAGGACCGUCACUUCCUAACGUUUAACAGCACCCGUUCGCCCUCCCCCACUGAGUGUUGCCACAUGACCCCAUGGAGUAGAAAGUCCCAUCCCCCGGAGGAUGAAGAUACUGAUGUCAUGUUAGGGCAGAGGCCGAAAAACCCAAUACACAAUAUCCCUUCUACACUGGACAAGCAAACCAACUGGAGCAAAGCACUACCUCUCCCCACGCCGGAAGAGAAGAUGAAACAAGAUGCCCAAGUGAUUUCUUCUUGCAUUAUCCCUAUCAACGUCACUGGCGUUGGUUUCGACAGAGAGGCUAGUAUACGCUGCUCCCUUGUUCAUUCACAAUCCGUUCUCCAGAGGAGACGAAAAUUGAGGAGGAGGAAAACCAUCUCGGGUAUCCCCAGAAGAGUUCAACAAGAAAUAGAUUCUGAUGAAUCACCAGUGGCCAGGGAAAGGAAUGUGAUUGUGCACACAAACCCAGACCCCUCCAACAUUGUCAAUAGAAGGUCCGGAACCAGGGACUCUGAGUGCCAAACUGAGGAUAUUCUGAUUGCUGCCCCAUCCCGAAGGAGAAUCAGAGCUCAAAGGGGUCAGAGCAUCGCUGCUUCCCUCUCCCACUCUGCUGGCAACAUCUCUGCCCUGGCAGACAAAGGAGACACCAUGUUUACUACUACAGUGAGCAGCCGCACAAGAUCUCGGAGCCUUCCCCGGGAAGGCAAUCGAGGUGGGGAUACUGAGCCCAAAGUCGGUACUAAACCCUCAGCAUAUGAAGAGGGAGAGCCUUUUGUGGAUGACCAUGAAGGAAUCCCCAAUGAUUGCAGUGAGGCUCCGAGCAGCCCAAGCACACAGGAACACCAGCCUGCUUUGGGCUUGGCCUGUUCUCAGCAUCUUCACAGCCCCCAGCACAAGUUGAAUGAGAGAGGAAGGUCACGCCUGUCCCGAAUGGGUGCUGACUCUGGCAGUUGUGACAUCUCCUCCAACUCAGACACUUUUGGGAGCCCCAUCCACUGCAUCUCCACGGCUGGGGUCCUCCUCAGCAGCCACAUGGACCAGAAAGAUGAGCACCAGUCAUCCAGUGGCAACUGGAGUGGGAGCAGUUCCACGUGUCCUUCACAGACCUCAGAGACAAUCCCUCCUGCAGCUUCUCCUCCCCUGACUGGCUCUUCGCACUGUGACUCAGAAUUGUCACUAAACACAGCUCCUCAUGCCAAUGAGGAUGCCAAUGUCUUUGUGACAGAGCAGUACAAUGACCAUCUGGAUAAAGUGAGAGGCCACCGGGCAAACUCUUUCACCUCUACUGUUGCGGAUCUGCUGGAUGACCCCAACAACAGCAACACAAGUGACAGUGAGUGGAAUUACCUACACCACCAUCAUGAUGCCUCCUGCCACCAGGAUUUCAGCCCUGAGCGUCCCAAGGCAGACAGCCUAGGCUGCCCGAGCUUCACAAGCAUGGCCACUUAUGACAGCUUCCUGGAAAAGUCUCCAUCGGACAAAGCAGACACUAGCUCUCACUUUUCGGUAGACACAGAGGGAUACUAUACCUCCAUGCACUUUGACUGUGGUCUCAAAGGUAAUAAGAGCUAUGUCUGUCACUACACAGCCCUGGGCCCAGAGAAUGGUCAGGGUGUUGGGGUUCCUCCUGGUCUUCCGGACUGUUCCUGGCAGGACUAUUUAGACCAUAGGAGGCAGGGAAGACCGAGCAUCUCUUUCAGGAAACCAAAGGCAAAGCCGACCCCACCUAAACGUAGCUCAUCAUUGAGGAAGUCUGAUGGAAACACAGACAUUUCUGAGAAGAAAGAAGCAAAGAUAAGCAGUGGUCAGCACCUGCCUCACAGUUCCAGGGAGAUGAAGCUGCCUCUCGAUUUCUCCAACACGCCUUCUCGAAUGGAAAAUGCCAAUCUUCCCACCAAGCAGGAACCUUCUUGGAUAAACCAGAGUGAACAUGGCAUUAAAGAACCUCAGUUAGACACUUCAGAUAUUCCACCAUUCAAAGAUGAAGGUGCUGAAUCAACUCACUAUGCAGACCUCUGGCUUCUAAAUGACUUGAAAACAAAUGAUCCAUAUAGAUCUCUAUCUAAUUCAAGCACUGCUACGGGUACCACAGUUAUUGAAUGCAUCAAAUCUCCAGAGAGCUCUGAAUCCCAAACAUCCCAGUCAGAAUCAAGAGCCACCACCCCAUCUCUUCCUUCUGUGGACAAUGAGUUUAAACUGGCUUCUCCAGAAAAGCUGGCUGGCUUGGCAUCUCCAUCAAGUGGCUACUCGAGCCAGUCUGAAACGCCAACAUCCUCUUUCCCAACAGCUUUCUUUUCAGGCCCACUGUCUCCUGGAGGUAGCAAAAGAAAACCUAAAGUCCCAGAGAGGAAAUCCUCACUCCAGCAACCCUCUUUAAAAGAUGGAACUAUCUCACUGAGUAAAGAUCUUGAACUUCCAAUUAUACCUCCUACCCAUCUUGACCUAAGUGCUCUUCAUAGUGUCUUGAACAAACCAUUCCACCACCGUCAUCCAUUGCAUGUUUUUACUCAUAAUAAGCAGAAUACUUUAGGAGAAACACUGAGGUCUAAUCCUCCGCCGUCCCUUGCCAUUACGCCAACAGUCCUGAAAUCUGUUAACCUUAGGUCUAUCAAUAAGUCUGAAGAAGUUAAGCAAAAAGAGGGCAACAAUACAAAUCUCCCCUACGUAGAGGAAAACACUCUGACAAUGACGGUCUUGUCUCCGAGUAAGAUUCGGCCACAAACAGCAAAGAAAUCAGUCUCACAUCAGUACUCCACUGAAGACACCAUACUGUCCUUUUUAGACCCCUCUGCAGUUGAGAUAGGACCAGAUAAAAUACAUUUAGAAAAAAGUUCUACUUUUGAUGUGAAGAAUGAUUGUGAUCCAGAAAACAUACCCUCAGCUGGUAGCAAUCUCCUAGAUUCAAAUGUCGCAAAAGACCAAAUACACACGGAAAGUGAGCCUAUUCCAGAAAACACACCAAGUAAAAACUGUGAUUUUUCCGCAGAAGGAUUUCAGAAAGUCUCUGCUGCCCGCCCAACUGAUUUGGAUGCUACAAUAAUACACUAUGGAGCUGGUCCAGAUGGAGCCCUAGAACAGAUACAGAAGGCGCCCUCUGUAGGUCGAGAGGAAGCUGCACUACCCGAAUCUGUGGAUGUAAUCACAUCUCAGUCAAACGCACCAGCUAGAACAACAGACAUAAGUAAGCAACUUAAGCAUCAACUUGCUAUGAGCCGCCACCACGACAAAGUGCCUGGGAAUAUCAACUAUGAAUCAGAGAUAUCACCUGUAAAUUCAUUCCCUGAAAAAUGUUCUGAGCAGGAAAAUAUUGCUUCAGGUAUUUCAGCCAAAAGUGCCUCUGAAAACAGCAGACCAGAGGAGACCCAUGGAAGUGUAGACGAGGCUUCACUGAAAGAAUCAUCACCAAGCGAUGACUCCAUCACUUCACCACUUAGUAAAGACUCUCAAGCGGAAGCAGAUGGGGUGUUUGUGUCUCCAAACAAACCUCGAACGACUGAGGAUUUAUUCGCAGUCAUUCACAGAUCCAAGAGGAAAGUCCUUGGAAGAAAAGAUUCUGGGGACAUGCCUGUUCGAAGCAAAUCGAGAGUUCCCCUCGGCGGUAACAGCAGUGGUACCGGCUCCGUCACUUCACCCAGCAACACUGUGACCACCGCCAACAGCCAGAGGUCUCCUGGUCUCAUCUACCGGAAUGCCAAAAAGUCCCACACAUCAAAUGAAGAAUUUAAGCUGUUACUCCUCAAGAAAGGCAGUCGCUCGGAUUCCAGUUACCGCAUGUCUGCCACUGAGAUCCUGAAGAGUCCCAUCCUGCCCAAACCUCCCGGGGAGCUCACAGCAGAGUUCCCUCAAAGCACUGAAGAUGCCCACCAGGGGUCACCCGGGGCCGAGGCAUUGUCCCCACUCUCUCCAUGCUCCCCACGAGUGAAUGCAGAAGGGUUUUCCUCAAAGAACUUUGCCACCUCAGCAUCGGCAAGAGUUGGCCGUUCCCGAGCCCCUCCUGUGGCCAGCAGCAGCCGCUACAGUGUCCGCUGCCGACUGUACAACACGCCCAUGCAAGCGAUCUCUGAGGGAGAGACAGAAAAUUCCGACGGCAGCCCACACGAUGACCGCUCCUCCCAGAGCUCCACAUAGGCUGCCUGUGCCCAGCUGCCUGUCAAAUGCCCAAACCCUUACUCAUAUGAGGCUGUGGAACAGAACAGAGGACUUGGGAGAAGUUGCAGCAAGAUGGGGUAGCAUCACUGCUUAGCAAUGAAUUUCUAAAUACAGUAUCUGCUGGGGAAAAGUGGUUUAGUCAUUCUCGAUUAGUUUCCAUGUGUUAGGUAGCUACAGUAUCUUUCAUGUUUUUCUUUAGCAUAGUUUGAUUUAUCCAGUCUCCUUCCUUGUGAUAAUAGAGCAUAUGAAAAUGUCUAAUUUUCAUGAAACUUGGAAGAGGUUUUCCCAGAGCUGCCUAUUCAGAAAAUAAAACCCUCACUGUCAUGAUUCUUUAAGAAGAUGAAAUUACUCUGGAGGUUUGGUAUUUUUUUACAUUAAAACAAACUAAAGCAAAAUUUAGAAGAAAGAACUACACAUAUGUAAAUACCAUAUUUUUGAUAAAAAUGUGUAAAUAGAUUUAUCAAUGAUGAGUGGACAUGUGGUCAAUUACCUACCGCACACCAACUGUUUAUAGAACACACAAAAAUAAAGUGUAAUAACUGUAUUCUGUGAAUACCAUUUUCAUAUCAAAUACCAUACUUAAAUGUCCACCAAUAUGAUUUCUGAGCGGUAAACCUCAAAUAUGAAUUUUAAACUGGUGAAAUAAAGGAAAUUUUGAGGUCAUAUACUGAAAUGUGAUUAAUUUAAAAUAAUGAAUUCAGACCUAUCAUUUUUGUGACAAAUUCUGGCACCAAACAAGCUAAUAGCAACUUGUGGCUGUGAUCUGCCACGCAGUAAUUCGGACAGAAUGAAAAGCAUGCUUUGAUUUUUGUAAUAUGCAUUUUUUUGAGACAGAGUUUCACUUUGUUGCCCUGGGUAGAACACCGUGAUGUCAUAGCUCACAGUGCACUCUUGGGCUCAAGUGAUCCUCUUGCCUCAGUCUUGCAUUUUUAGUAGAGACGGGGGUCUCCCUUUUGCUCAGGCUGGUCUCAAACUCAAUGAGCUUAAGCAAUCCACCCGCCUCAGCCUCCCAGAGUGCUAGGAUUACAGGCAUGAGCCACCGCACCUGGCUUCUUUUGAUUUUUUUUGAAUCAGUGAGAGAAGUCAUCAUUCUCAACACAAAGCCCUGAACAGCAUAUGACAGUGUCCUUUAGACUUUAAUUUUUUCGAUGGAUUGCUUUAAAGAGAAUGAGUAGGGAAAACAGUAGUUAAUUUUAGGUUAUGUUUUAUAUUAGGCUACUGGGGAGGUGAACAGUCAUAAUCUAAUGACUACAAUCUUUACUCCUUAAUCAGUUUAGCAGUUAGCUCCAGGUUCUUAAACUAAGAAAAAUAAAACCUAAGCAUGCCACAGAGCUAUUGAUUUAUCAGUAAGUACCUGUAAUGAGUUUUCAGUGAAGCUUUCUCUCUGUGCUGAUGAGAUUCAUGCUACCUAAAAAUUAACAGAAAUGACACUGUGAACAAUGUAGUUGGGAAAUAGGUAUGUGUAUAUGCAUUAUUUAUAGUCAUUGUUAAACUGGGAAUGGGGAACAGCUCUGGUUCACGAUGCUAUAUACAACUGAGUUUUUGGUUUUACUAUAUAGUAUCUGCUUGAUGGCAAAAGGGGAGGGUGGUGGGUGGGAGAGGAAACAUCAGGGCAAGUGCUCUGAUAAAAUGAAGGCAGGGAAACAAGCUGAAUUACUUGAAACUACUUGAAUUUCUUGUCUUAAAACUGAAAAAAAAAAAAAAAAAAGAGCUACAAGUUGAAAUCUGCCAAGUGGUUUUUACACCUUGGAUUGUAACAUGAACUAAUGCUGUUUAGAAUCAAAUGUCAGAAAUAUAAGCAGCUAUAUACUUAGAAUAGGUUUUGAAUGGAAGAGCUAGAAAGUAGAGAGAAUUAAGAAGGAUCUGACCUAUAAAAGACUAGAAUGUGAUUAGAAUGAUAGAACAUACAAAGCUUACCAAGAAACUGACAAGCAGCUGGCUUUAAGCUUCUGCAAGUGGUAGUUGGGAAAGUAGCAGGUGUGAAAGGGGGUUUGGGGUUUGGAUUAAUUCAUGCAAAAUGAAGGAGGAAGCCUGGUCUAAGAAAAUACUGUCUUUCAAUAGAAAUACUUUCUAAAAUGCUACAGAUAAAGAAUUUAGAGAAUUUGAUUGCUGUUGGUGUUUUGUUUGUUUGGAAAGAAAAAAAGUGGCUUCUUCUUCUUCUAUUUGUUUUUCACUACCAAAUUGUGUUACUAAAUUUCUUGUCAUCCUUGUAUGUAAAUUGGGUGCUGGGGGUGGAGGGGGUAGAGGAGGAGGGAGAGAGUGACAGAAAAAGAGAGAGAGAGAGAGUGUGUGUGUGUGUGUGUUCCUUUGUGCGUGCAUGUGUGCACGGGUGCUGGGGAUAGAUAAGCUACCUGGUAAAGGGUUUGAACAUUUACGAAGUGUUAUACUUUUUAUUGAAAGAAAAAUGUUUUGGGGUUUGAAAAUACGGACCAUCAUUUCUCAUUGGAACCCAUUAGUUAAGAAAACCAGCAUGGUUUGACACCACAUGGGAACAUGAAUAAAUCUGACUCAUGCUUUGAAAAGUACACUUUGCAAAAUUUUAAAAGUAAAGUUUUUAGACAAAUAUGAUAAGAAACUGUCAUUUCCAGUCACUGUAGGUGAUCUUUUGUAAUUUUCAUAAAAGCAGUUCGUUUGCAGUAUGGCUUUUGUGUAGUUAGGGGUUUUUUAAGCGUAAAGAAAGGUUUGUGGGCUUUAAAAGUGAUUCUAAAUCUUGAAUAGACAAUACAUGAAUUGGCUUUAAUAAAAAUGUCACCAUUUUAUUAUUGACAUUAAUUUAAGUAAUGGUACCAUAUAUAUUUUAAAAUACAUAUUGACUUGAAUUGUGAGGCAAUAAGAUACCUUCUAUAUGUAAUGAUCACAGAAUUAACCCUUAUAAUAUAGUUUUACUUAUUUUGUUUACUCUAAAAAUCUAUAGCAGAGUUUCUCUAUUUUAUAUUUCCUAGAUUUUAAAAAACCCAAAUAGAGAUGGAAUUUAAAUUCACUGUGGAAAAUAGUAUUAAGCAACAAACUGAGAAAAAAGCAAGAAAUUCCUUAAUAAUCUGAAAUAUCCUACAUGGUUUUAUACAUAGCAAAAAAGACCAAGAUUUAGGGCUGUCUUUAACAUCACUGCCGUCUGGAAGCAGGGUACACACAUUAGGUAUAGUGAAGAACAUCAACCUGAACUUUUCUUCUGUUGUUUGCACUGAUGCUAUUUUUUUUUUUUGUUCUUUUAUGUUUAUACAACAUGUCUAUCAUGUCUAUGUUGUGGGGGGGAUUUUUUUCCUUUGAUUCUGCUUUGAUUUUUUUUAAAUUUUGGUUUAUUUUUGGCUAAGUAGAGGUCAUGAACUAGUUGUAGCAAACAAAACAUGCUGUUUGCUCUUGCCAAAGGUCAGUGAGUAUGUUUGCUACAGCGGUAGCACUUAAAGAACUAGAUCAUAACCAAGAUUUAAAACAAUGAAGAAGGUCACAGUGUAACUAUUUUGGUACUAGAACCAGUUCAUGCUGGCCGAAAAGACAAUGGUUUAUGGACUUGCAUCCAUUUUGUAUUUUUGUAAUAUUUGUAAAUACGAACUUUUUAAAUUGUUGGAAAGAUGGUUUCUUUUGUAAGAUGUUUUCAACGUUUACAUUCAAUCCAAGCCUUUGUAUAUUUUAGAGCUGUGCAACACUUUAAGUCUUGUAUUUAUUUUUAGUAAAAACGGUGACAGUUUCAUUGUGAACCCCUCAAAAAAAUGUAUCAGAAAAGUUUGAUUACCUAGAAAGUGUGUAUAGAAACUGCAAAUAAACGUGACUGCAAUUAAA